AUGAACCGACAAGGGGGCGAAACGGACAGGCAAACGCCCACAGGCGGCUCGGCGAGUCACCGACAGACAUCGGCGCCGCUGCGCGUCCCCAGUGCAGAGGGCGCCGAGAGCGCGCAGCAACCGCUCGCCUUGCGGGCAGUCUCGACCAGCGCUUCGUUUGGCACUUUGCACUGCCUGCGGCAGCCGUUUCGUGGGUCGGGUUCGCCCUCUGGAAAUCCGAGCUUUUUCCCUCAUCUCCCGGGCCAGGCUCCGACGUUCCUCCCGUACUUCUCUCCUCCGGGGACACCCUCGCCUCCGGCGUUCAGCCGCGGGUCUCGGCCGAACGUGCACACCCCGUCUCCGGGAUCGAGUCACUCUGCAGGCCUGUCGUCUGGGCCUUCUUCCUGGACAGGGAAAACUGCCAAGCUCGAGGACGGCGCGCCUAGUUACGCGUGCAGCGUCUCCGCUCCCCGAAAGUUCGUGCCGAAUCUUGGCAAGAGUGGGGCAGUGGCCGCCGUGAAGUCGGAGGAGCAAACGAAUGCGGAUCUCGACCGCAGCAGGGGUAACCUCAGUGCGAUGGUUCUCCGGUCUCUGCAGGCCGGGGAAACCAAGAAACUCGCACAGGGAAAGUUUGGACCCGCGGGGCGGGGCAAUUCACCCUCUUUUGGUUCCCCUCCUGACCAUCGCGGCGGCACGGCAGGUUCACCCGUAGGGAUAGAAGGUGGCCGACGCCCUCUGCAUUUAGCGUCUCCCUCCGCUAUUCGAGAAAGCAAUCUGCGGUUGCUGCACCAGCACCAGAUGCUGUCGAAAGACGGGAAGACCGCAGGCGGCAAGAAGUCCAGGCGACUCAUGGAGUUGUCGUGGAUCGGCUCUCAAGACGAUGACAAAGACUCCAUAACCGGGAGCCCGUCUGGUUGCUACACUCCCAUCAGUCUCCCCUUUGUUGUCAGAGAGGGCGACGAGGGUAUCGAUGGGGAUGCUCGGCGAGCGAUGCACCCGACAGACCCUAUGGGCAUGGAUACCGCGGCUCGUCGAGAGGCCGAUUCUCACCGAAGGCGGCCGUCAGCUCGGCACGUGGAAGAAGCGAACCGCUUUGCUGCGGGUCUUCUUCUGGUGGGAGACGAAGGAGAAGACAGAGGCGAGAGGCGUGCUGGCGGUGACACUUGGGAUCUGGCUGACGACGAGGACGGUCGUGGCACGGAUUUCUUGCACAUCUGCUUUCCGUCCCUGUUCCCUCCCGUGGACAGGCCGGCCAUGGACGAGGCGCGCCAGGCUCGAAUUGCUGAAAAAGAAGGACGAAGGCGCAGCGCCCGAGGCGCCAGAGAAGGUGACGACGCUGAAUGUGGGAAUCACGAAGAAACCAAGGACCACGCAACCCAAGGAGUCACCAAAGCAGGCAGCCGACAUGGGUCGCUGGGAAAUGGCAAGAGAGGGAACAAAGCAAAUCAGCCUCCGAAGCCUGUGGGGCCGUCGCCACCCUUGCCACUUGCCUCGCUUCCUGACGGGCGGAUUGGGAGGCUGCUCGUUCACCGAAGCGGGCGUGUGGAGCUGCGUCUCCUCAGUGGAGCGUUGCAGAAGGGGGGAAGCUGCGCAGGGCCACAGGGCGAGGGUGCCCGGAGUGGCUGCUCCGCAAACAUGCCGGAAAAUGAGAGAGAAAAGGGACUGGGAGGAGCGCUCCUGGAGAACAAGUCAGCUGAAGACCAAGGUGUUUGCUUUGAAGUCAAUAUCGGAUCGGAAUGCACCUUUGCACAGGAAGUUGGGUGUUUGGUGGAAGACACGUCGGAAUUCCUGUUUCUAGGGAAGUGCAACAAGCGCAUGGUGAUCGCCCCCGAUGUGCAGCGAUGUCUCCGGGCCGCCUGCGAGACGGCGUAG